AUGGCAGAUCGGGUAGCUGCCAAGCAAGGACACGACGAUGCGCCAUGGCGGCACAGCAGAACCAUGCACGCAUGGUGUCUAUAAGUAAUGACGCGCGUACAAGCUGAUGACCAUCGAGAUUCGCAUAAUGGCUUUCGUCUCCACGGCCGCAUGGAUGCCUCGCGUCGUCUUCGUCGCCUCUCUGGUGGCGGCCCUCGCCAUGGCCUCCGGCCCGGCAGCGGCGGCGGCGCGCGGCGGCCGCCGGGUCAUCCACCUGCGCUUCUACAUGCACGACAUCACGGGCGGUCCCGGCCAGACGGCGGUGCAGGUCGUCAAGGGCCCGGGGCCGGCGCACCCGGUGAUGCCGGGCUCCCACUUCGGCGACACCACGGUGAUGGACGACGCCCUGACGGAGGGUGCCAGCGCGGCGUCGCGGCCGGUCGGGCGCGCGCAGGGGACGUACACGCUGGCGUCGCUCAGGGAGCCCGCGCUGUGGGUGUCCAUGACCGUGGUGCUCACGGGCGGGGCCUACAACGGCAGCACCAUCGCCGUGGUUGGCCGGGACGACAUCUCGGCGAGCGUCAGGGAGCUCGCGGUGGUCGGCGGCACCGGCGCGUUCCGGGGGGCCACGGGGCACGUGCUGUGGCGGACGGCCAGGAUGGAGUCCAGGGACCACGUGGUGCUGGAGCUCGACGUCUACGCCACCGUGCCGGGCGCUAGCCCGCCGCCGCGCGCAGGCGCCGUGCGUCAGGGGGGCCUGAACCUCGACUGACAUGGUUUUGAUUCCGGCCAUGAACUCUAUGAUCGAUCGAUCCUAUAAAAUUGCUCCAGUUCGGCAUUUCUUGGUAAAUAAAAAACAGUAAUUGGUUAUUACCGGUGUUAUUGUUGGAUCGGGAGUUAAAACCAAUGUAAGUUUAUUUGCGUUGAAAUCAAUAAAAUUUGAGUGAUUCGAUUGAA